UGAACGCGCAUAGAAGCGCGCUUUAGAGCGGCCGCACUGAUUAGUAAAAACCAAAGAGGAGUUCUCACCGAGCGAGCCGCGGAUAGAAGCCUUUUAAAUUGCAACCAAACUGCAAACAGCUGGGAUUUAAAAAAAACACAAUCAAUGAGAAAAUCAGCUUAAAUUUUGACCGCGGACUUGAAUUCCCGAGGAUCUUUGUCGACUUGCGUUGGUUGGAAAAGAAAGAAAAAAGACCUAAAACUCUUCCAUUCAGUGGGAAUGCAGAGAAUUAAAACAGAGACUUAGUCCAUCUGCAGGGAUAGAAGCUACAGCGCAGGGCGACUGGAAAACAGGAGCUUUGAAUUAACUUUAAAACUCGCCUGGAGUGGUAAUGUCUUGAAGUAAUGACCUCACCAGUCCAGUGAAGGACGUGCCAGUACAGGGCUGCUCCCUCUAAUGGGAGCUCCUGCUGCGCCAUGAGUGCUCGCGAUGGCGUUGGUGGUGUUGGCAUGGGCACCCUGGGCCGACGGCAUCGCUUUGAGAACUCCGAGUUAACGGUGCGCAUCUACCCAGGCGCCCUCGCCGAGGGUACCAUCUACUGUCCAAUCAGUGCCCGCAAAACCACCACAGCUCACGAGGCCAUUGAGCGCGUUAUUGACCGGCUGCAGUUGGACCGAACCAAGUGUUACGUUUUAGCUGAGGUGAAGGAGUUCGGUGGGGAAGAAUGGAUUCUGAACCCCAACGACUGUCCCGUUCAGAGGAUGAUGCUCUGGCCCCGGGUGGCUUUAGAGCACCGCCCGUUAUCUGGUGGCGAGGAUUACCGCUUCCUCCUGAGGCAGAAGAAUCUGGAUGGCUCUAUCCACUAUGAAAACAGCCUCCAGAUGUGGCUGCAGGUGACGGAGGAGAGAAGACGCAUGGUGGAACGCGGGCUUCUGCCACAGCCCCAUUCUCAGGGCGACCACGCCGAUCUGUGCUGCCUGCCGGAGCUCAACGAGCACUCGCUGCUGGACAACCUGCGCUUACGGUUCCGACAGGAAAAGAUCUACACUUACGUUGGAAGCAUCCUCAUUGUCAUCAACCCCUUCAAGUUCCUGCCAAUCUACAACCCCAAGUAUGUAAAGAUGUAUGACAAUCACACGCUGGGAGACUUGGAGCCGCAUAUUUACGCUGUGGCGGACGUGGCUUACCACACCAUGCUGAGGAGACAGAGGAAUCAGUGCAUUGUCAUAUCUGGGGAGAGCGGCUCUGGCAAGACUCAAAGCACAAACUUUCUCAUUCAUCAUCUGACUGCCCUCAGUCAGAAGGGCUUUGCUAGUGGAGUGGAGCAAAUUAUCCUGGGAGCCGGACCAGUAUUGGAGGCAUUUGGGAACGCAAAGACGGCACAUAACAACAACUCCAGUCGUUUUGGGAAGUUCAUUCAGGUGAACUACCAGGAGAGCGGCACGGUGAGAGGGGCGUAUGUAGAGAAAUACCUCUUGGAGAAGUCAAGGUUGGUCAAUCAAGAGCCCAAUGAGCGAAACUACCACGUGUUUUAUUACCUGCUGGCAGGAGCAAGUGAAGAAGAGCGAAGAGCAUUUCACCUCAAGAAGCCUGAAGAAUAUCAUUACCUCAGUCAGAUGACAAAGACAAGCAGCAAGCCUCGCUGGGACAGUUACUGUGAUGAGAGUGAACCGGAUUGUUUCACCGUUGAAGGAGAGGACCUAAAGCAUGACUUUGAGAGGCUUCAGUUGGCCAUGGAGAUGGUGGGCUUUCUUCCGGCCACACGCAAACAGAUCUUUUCUCUGCUGUCGGCCAUCCUUCACCUGGGAAACAUCCGCUACAAGAAGAAGACGUACAGGGACGACUCUAUCGACAUCUGCAACCCUGAGGUGCUGCCGGUUGUUUCAGAGCUGCUGGAGGUGAGAGAGGACAUGCUUUUUGAAGCUCUGACGACCAGGAAGACGGUCACCGUGGGAGAGAAGCUGAUUGUUCCCUACAAGCUGGCUGAGGCUGGAACGGUGCGAGAUUCGAUGGCCAAGUCUCUGUACAGCGCUCUGUUUGACUGGAUUGUGUUCAGGAUCAACCACGCUCUGCUGAACAUCAAAGACCUGGAGGAGACCACCAAGAUCUUGUCCAUCGGUGUGCUUGACAUUUUUGGCUUUGAGGACUUUGAGAACAACAGCUUCGAGCAGUUUUGCAUCAACUUUGCCAACGAGCGCCUUCAGCAUUACUUCAAUCAGCACAUCUUUAAGCUCGAACAGGAGGAGUACAGAGCAGAGGGCAUCAGCUGGAUGAACAUCGAUUAUAUCGACAAUACUGGCUGCAUCAACCUGGUCAGCAAGAAGCCCACCGCACUGUUCCACCUGCUGGAUGAAGAAUGCAACUUCCCUCAAGCCACCAAUCAGACGCUGUUGGAUAAGUUCAAGCGGCAGCAUGAGGGAAACAGCUACAUCGAGUUCCCUGCCGUCAUGGAGCCCGCCUUCAUCAUCAGACACUAUGCUGGUAAAGUCAAAUACGGCGUUAAGGAUUUUAGGGAGAAGAACACGGAUCACAUGCGGCCUGACAUCGUAGCUCUGCUAAAAAGCAGCAAGAAUGCGUUUAUCUGCAGCCUGAUCGGCAUCGACCCGUCGGCCACUUUCCGCUGGGCGGUACUCAGAGCGUACUUCAGGGCCUUGGUGGCUUUUAGAGAGGCUGGAAAGAGACACACGCACAAGAAGACUGGGCAUGAUGACGCUGCUCCCUGUGCAGUACUGAAAAAAAUGGAUAGUUUUAGCUUUCUGCAGCACCCUGUGCAUCAGAGAAGCUUAGAGAUCCUGCAGAGAUGCAAAGAGGAGAAGUACACUCCAGAUGAGAGUGAAAUUGUUGUGCAAAGUGAUGAUGAAACAGAGAAUGGCGAGACCAGAAGGACGCCUCGGAUGCCUUUAUCAGACAUUCAGGGAAGCAACACCAUCAUUGAAAAAUCCCCACGGAGUUCUCCUGGCCUUGGCUGGAACGGGCGUGUCGGUCGGCGGAGUCGGCUGCCUUCAAGCGGCUCCAACACAGAAGAAGACGGCAUCUUUGUCAACUCAGCCAGCAGCAGACUCCUGGAGCGAGCUCAUGACAUCCUGAUGAGAAACAAAAACUACAAGUUGAAACCAGUUCUUCCAAAGCACUUACUGAAUGUCAAAUCACUUAAGUACCUAAGCAACCUGACGCUUCAUGACCGAAUCACCAAAUCUCUGCUUCACCUUCACAAGAAGAAGAAACCUCCCAGUAUCAGCGCACAAUUUCAGGCUUCUCUUAAUAAGCUCAUGGAGACUCUGGGUCAGUCUGAGCCUUAUUUUGUCAAGUGCAUCCGUUCUAAUGCAGACAAGCUGCCCUUACGGUUUGACGAUAAAUUGGUGUUGAGACAGCUGCGGUACACAGGCAUGCUGGAGACGGUCCGCAUCCGGCAAUCAGGGUACAACGUCAAGUAUACCUUUAAGGAUUUCGUUCAUCACUUCGGUGUGCUGCUGCCAGAGGACACGAGCCCUACAAGGGAAAGCAUCCAGGAGAGUAUGAGUCAGCUAGAUCUACAACCAGAGGGCUACCAAGUGGGAAAGACAAAGGUGUUUUUACGGGAGGCUGAGCGUCAGCGGCUGCAAGCUGAGCUCCACAGAGAAGUUCUCCGACUCAUCGUCAUGCUGCAGCAGCGAUUCAGAGCGCGGCUGGAGAGGAAGCAGUUCGUUAGGAUGAGGGAGGCCGCCGUCUAUAUUCAGAAAUGUUGGCGCUCGUACCGGUCCAUGAAGGAGGAGGAGAAGUUGUGUGACCCUGGUGUCCAGCAGAGGGCAGCUCUGUGUGUGCAGACACACUGGAGAGGUUACAGAGGGCGUCAGAAGUUCAGGCAGUGGAGAGAAGCUGCACGGGUUCUACAGAGGGCCUGGAGGUUCUGGAUCUGUCGGCGCACCUCUGCAGCUGUGGUUAUUCAGACGGCGUGGCGCUGCCAUCAGACCAGGGCAUCCUACCUGCGCCUGUAUGCUGCUUUGAUUCAGCUGCAGGCAGUUUCCAGAGGUUUCCUCAGCAGGCAAAGCUUCAGGAAAUAUAAAGAACAGCGACUGAAGGAGGAAGAGAAGGAGGAAGAAAAGCUGCUUCAGAAUGGCCAGGUGAAUAUCUCGUCUGCAGAGGAGGAGAAGGAGCUGCCAGAGGAGAUCAUGGGGCUGGACCUCAGCACCUGGGAGGACCGUUCCUAUGAGCAGCGGGAAAGGAGCCUCCAGUUAGUCAGUAACAGUGAGACUGCUGUUAAAGAGGAGGAAGAGCAGGAAAAGGCAGAAGCGGGAAGCUCUGAAGUACAAACUGAAGCAAACACUUCAGCCCCAAUAUCCUCUGUGGCGGUACAGGAGCGGGUGAGGAGGCGUUUGGAGGAGCCAAGCCAGAAAACCACUCGGUCCAAACGAGAGUGCCGGAGGAUGAGGGAGUUGGAGCAGGCCAAGUUCAGCCUGGAGCUCCAGAAGGUCCGGGCAAGCAGCGGGGGAGCAUCUUCGCCCUCCGAGGACCGCCGCUGGUCUUUGGAGUUUCCCCCCGCUAGCCCAGCUCUCAAUUCACCCCAAGGCACGCCUGACAGUGAGAGCUUCAAAUAUAGCUUUGAGAUUCCUGUGAUGGAUGGAGAGCCGCCCAAGGCUGCAGAGGAAAUAGACAAUGAGGAUCCUUUUUCCCCUGUCCCGCCUAUUGCUCCUGGAUUUGAUUCCAAUAUGGAGGAUGUUUCAUCAAGCGUCGAGCCUCCUGAACCAUAUAAAACGCAGUCAACUGAAGCUUUUCCCCAAGGAAGCCAGAGCCCAACUAAAAUGGAUCCACCAGCUGCUUCACAUCCGCCCAAAAUGCAGAACUACCUGCCUACGUUUUAUCUCCCUGCUCGCCAGAGCAGCACCUUCAUCUCCCAUCCUCCUGCCGAAGAGUCUCUGCCAAACAGAGAUGUAACUACAGCCACUGCGUCCAAUACAAACCCUUGCAAGGAGCGCCAAGGUUCAUCACGGCGGCCGGUGCUGGUGGUCAUCAGCAUGCAGAAAGAAACCCCGCUCAGCGAGGAGCUGAGCCCUACCAUCCGUCCUCCUGUAGAACUUGGAGAGCCUGCAAUCCAGACGGGAGAUUCUCCGCCACCGUCAACAGAGGAAGCUCCCCGGACUCAGGGUCCCCUCUCUGAGGCCGAUCAGACCACCAUGAAUAAGCUGGUCCGACUGAAUGAGGCAACAGAGGAGCGACGGCGAAACCAGCAGCAGCAGAACGAGAAGGAGAUGAUGGAGCAGAUAAGGAGGCAGUCAGAAGUGUUGGAGCAGCAGCGUAUGCGAUACGCUCAGUGUGAGAAAGAGAUGUUUGAGAAGCAGAGAGGAGAGGCUCUGCAGAGGAUACAGCAGAGCAGACAAGGCAGACCGGAUUCUGCUAGAACCUCCAGCUCCUUCAAAGGUUCCAGACCCAGCUCCCUGCUGAUUGAGAAAACUUCAGGCCAGGUUCCUCAUGGAAGAACCCAGUCGGACUCCACCCCCCCUCCACCUCACUCUCCAGUCACCGUAACCGCUCAUGGUAGCCCCAAGCUCCCCCAGCUGCCACCUCCACCCUUCUCUGCUCCUACAGAGAGACGCAGAGACCACCGACCUGCUGCGGAGGGAUGGGCCCCUAAACUCACUCUGGAGAGCAGAAAUGGAUCAGGAGUCAGAAUGAAAGCAGCCGACAAAAAGCCAGAGAAGCAAGAAGGUACAACGGUUAAUCUGGCUGACAAACCAGGCAACAUCUUCUUCUUCCCAAACGACAAAGUGACAUUUCCCACAUCCGACGCUGACGCUGUCUUUAAGGAACCAGCUGUACCUGUCCCCAGAGAAGGACCCACACCAGCUUUGAAGUUUUCUAAAGGAAUAAAAGCUCGUGAUGUCAGCAGCGGGGGCCCAAAAAAGAAAGCCAGAAUGGCGCGCACCCGCUCCGACUUCCUCACCCGCGCUUCCAGCCUCGCAGCUGCCGGCGAUUCAGACGAAGACGACUACGAUGGCGACAGCCUCACCAGCCCGCGCCAUUACACGCUGCCCCUGUCCAAGCAGACCUCCACAGAGGCGGGCCGAGGGGAGGCCUGUUUCAGUGACUCAGACAUGCCCUUGAGUCCCGAAGAACAAAAAAAGAUCCACAAAGCCAUGUCAUCAGGAGAUUUAGGCAAGGUGGAGUCACUGCGUAAAAAUUCACAAGAUGGAAGGGUUCGUGGGAGGAUGCGUUUCUGGGGAAAAUCGAAGUACGGGGAUAAGAAGACGUCCAGAGAAAAGCUGAUCUGUGGGGCAGAGUCCAUAGAUGGAGACUAUGGAGAGUCUGGGCCACUUCUGGGGGACGCUGGCCAGGAAAACAUGUCGCCUCCCUGCAGUCCUGACCUGACUCUGGACCGAAGCGUCAGGGACUUGAAGGAGAACAAGGAGGCGUCCCCGAAGGUGAAGCACAGGCGGAGCGUGAAGAUCAGCAGCGUGGCUCUGGAGCCCGCUCAGUGGCAGAACGACGCGCUGCAGAUCCUCUCCUGCAUCAACGACUACUUGAGCAUGAAUGAUUUCCUCUUAAAGAAGAUCAACGAUUUGGAGACUGAGGACAGUAAGAAGGACACCAUGGUGGACGUAGUCUUUAAAAAGGCUCUGAAGGAGUUCCGUUUAAACAUCUUCAACUUCUUCUCCACAGCACUUGUGAUGGAUGACAGUAAGGACAUCCGUUACAAGGACCUUUAUGCUCUGUUUGAGCAGAUCCUGGAAAAGACAAUGAGACAGGAGCAAAGAGACUGGAGGGAGUCACCUGUCAAAGUUUGGGUCAAUACGUUUAAAGUUUUCCUGGAUGAGUUCAUGACUGAGUACAAACUGAUGGACAGCACUCUCAGCAAGCCCCUGCCUCGACCCCAGCGUAAAAAACCCAGAAAAAAGGACACCGAUAUUGUAGAGGAACAUAAUGGACACAUCUUCAAAUCCACUCAGUACAGCAUCCCGACAUACUGUGAAUACUGCUCCUCUCUUAUCUGGAUGAUGGAACGCGCCUGUGUGUGCAAAUUGUGCCGGUACGCCUGCCACAGAAAGUGCUGCCAGAAGACGACCACCAAAUGUAGCAAGAAGUUGGAUCCAGAGUUGUCCUCCAGACAGUUUGGAGUGGAGGUUUCUCGCCUCACUAAUGAUGAGAGGACUGUUCCUUUGGUGGUGGAGAAACUGAUCAACCACAUAGAGAUGCAUGGCCUCUACACUGAAGGAAUUUACAGGAAAUCAGGGUCCACCAAUAAAAUUAAGGAGCUCAAGCUCGGGCUUGACAACGAUGUAGAAAACAUGAACCUUGAUGAUUACAACAUCCACGUUAUUGCUAGCGUCUUCAAACAGUGGCUGAGAGACCUUCCCAAUCCACUGAUGACGUUUGAGCUGUAUGAGGAGUUCAUCCGAGCAAUGAGUUUGCAAGACAAGAAGGAAACAAUUCGGGGGGUUUACUCUGUCAUCGAUCAGCUCAGCAGAACUCAUCUGAACACCCUGGAACGCCUCAUAUUUCAUCUCGUCAGGAUCUCCCUGGAAGAGGAGACGAACCGCAUGUCGGCUAAUGCCCUGGCGAUAGUUUUUGCUCCCUGCAUCCUUCGCUGCCCGGACACCACGGAUCCUCUGCGGAGCGUCCAGGACAUCAGCAGGACGACGGCGUGUGUAGAGCUCAUCAUUUGUGAACAGAUGACAAAGUACAAAGUCCGACUAAAGGACAUCAGUACACUGGAGUUUGCUGAGAACAAAGCCAAGACCAAACUGAGCCUUAUUCGACGAUCGAUGGGAAAAGGUCAUCGACAUCGGCUGAUCCGCCACACGCCUUCGCCUCCGGCCAGUCCGCGGUUGUCGUUCAGAGCUGACGUGGCGAGAGAAGACAGUGGUGGCGAAGAGGGAGCGGAGCCGCUGGUGGACAUGACUGAGCAGGCCGCCAUGCAGCAGGAGGACAGAGUGCUGACAGAGCAGAUAGAAAACCUUCAGAAGAAGAAAGAGGAGUUGACGGUUGAGAUGCUGGCACUGGAGCCAAGGGCUUCAGAUGAUGAGACCCUGGAGUCUGAAGCUUCCAUCGGUACAGCCGACAGCUCGGAAAACCUCAACCUGGACUCAGAAGACACCAUUUCUGACUUCUCUGAGAGAGGACCGAGGAUGUCCUCCCCAUGGCCUCGCAGAGCUGACGGGAAGGACCCCCGACGGCGGACACAGGCCCAGCUGCCCGACUCUCUGGACUCCACCGACUCUUGCUCCACCGUUUCCUCCUACUCCUCCUCAUCACACUUCCAACCGUCCCCCUCCUCCGCCGCCACUCGCCGGUUUCGUCUGGCUGUGGGCUCCAGUCUCGCCCGCGCUCAGCCCCAGCCACUGAACACAUCUCAGUCCUCCCGAUCGGACAGCUUCGACGGCGGCCCGGCGGGAGAGCAGGACGCCGUCUACGACGAACAGCCUCAGUUCACGAGCCGUGGCACAUACAAUCCAGAGAAGGGGAGACAAAAACUUAAAGGUGCCAGACGGAACAUGAGAGACAAUGGCGGCGGGCCCAGCAGGGACCCUCCUGACAUACCGCAGCACCUGGUAUUGUACGGUAGCAAGGAAUUCAUGGUAUGAAGGACAGAGUGACACCAAAACACUCCCACUUUUGCUAAAGCUAGAGGAAUAUAUGCCGUGCCGAUUGAGGGAGGCGAGUGGAAUCGGGUGAAGGGCUCAACUGCCACAGUGCCUUGGAAGCUCCUCCCUCCACAGCAGGAGGGCAGAGACUGAGCAGCAGGACAGAGAAAAGGGAAUGUUGGAAUAGGGCUGGACGAUACACCCAAAACAUACAUCGCAAUAUAUUUCUUCAUUUUGGUAUCAAAUUAAAAGCCACAAAAAAGAGUGCCCACUACAGACGCCUGUACAAAAACAAAAAAAUCCAUUAAAUUCCUCUAAUAUAACAUUUUAGAAAUAAUAAAACUUUUUUUUUUUUGAGCAACGAGCUCAAAAGAUUAAAUGCACUUUUAAGCAGCUGGUUAUCUUUAUUUCCAUAGUUCAGCUUCUAUCACUUACUUCUAUCUUUGUUUUGUGAACAACAUUAGUAUGUCCAAACUGAGUAGAUACCAAAAGUCUAUGUUCACAAACCAUCAUAAUAGAGUUAACAAACUACUAAUGAAUAAAAAAAUACAAACUGAAGAUCUUUAGUCUAUUCUAAAACAUCCAUCUUUGGAUAUCUUUAAAAUCUUGUUUUAUUUUACACUACUCAUUUUUUAGUUAUUACUGUAAAUAUUGACACUUGUAGUUUUUUUCAGCCAAAUGUAACAGCAAGGAUCAUUUCGGUGGAAAUAAAUGAAUCACUGCAAAUAUGGCAUAAAAUCACAGGACAGUAGGGAUGAACUCUGCUUCUGGUUCUGCUUAUGUCCUACUUUAUUUAAAGGCUACUCUGACUGUAUUUAAAAGCAGCCCAACCAGCUGCUUGGAGCACCAUCUUUCUAAAUGGCUUCUAAUACUGGUUGACACAAACCACUUUAUUUUUCGUCGUUCAUCAGAUUUUAAAAAUCAGGGACAUUUCUGGAAACAGAUUGUCCAAAAUGGGGAUUUUCUCUGCAGAAAAAAGUUGAUUUCUGGUCACUUUAAAAUGGAAACUCAUUUUGAGGGUAAAACCGACACAGUCUAAGCUUAGCUUAUGCUAACAGUGAGCACAGGCUGCUGCACGAGAUCAGCCGAUGUCUUCCGGCUCUUUCUGUUGGGCUAGAAUCGGCGGCACCCUGAACGCCAGUCAGGGACAAAUAAUGUAAUUGUAGACUAACGUAUAUCGAAAUAUCGGAAGUGUGUUUAAAAAUCGUAUCACCUUUGUUGAAUAAACGUAUAUUGUGAUUUAUGUUGAUACUGAAUUUAUUGUCCAGCCCUACGUUGGCAUCAGGGAAUGAUGGAGAGAGAUGAAGACUUCCUUUAAAUGAGCAAAUCUGGGCUCCAUCAGACAUCGAAGAUGUUCAGUGGAUCUUAAGCUCCUGAUUAUUAGCUUCAGUUUACAGUUUAAAACAAUCAGUAUAAGCAGUAGACACUCUGUUAUUACAGGACAAUUUGUUUCUUAUUUAAUAAAUUUUAUUAUCACAGAAAUGCUUUAUGGCCUAUAAUAUACUGGUAUAAAUACUGUACAAAGCUGGAACACCUGCCUCUGCUGGGUAGUGGAAGUCUAAUAUUUAUCUUUCUUCUUUUUUUUUGUUGAGUAUCCUGAUCUGGGAUGUUUAUAUAUGAGUAUGUGCUGAGCUGUGCUGCCUGUGCAAGACUGUAUGAGUGUGAAAGACACAAAAAAAACCCACGCUUCAUGUGUUUAAAGUUUGUGCUGCUUUUUCCCCCUUCCCUAACAGCGGGAAUGCCGCUCUCAUUCAAAGGGACCAAAUCAGCUGGCAUUCAUUCCAGCCAAAGAAAUCCCAGCUAUUACAAAACAUCACACACCUAUAAGAUUUUAACAUUCUACCGUUCUCCAGCCAUAUGACAAGUAUAAUGUACUGUGCACACCAUGUAUAGUGGACAAAUGUCAAUGUUACCCAUCUUCUGUCUCUUGAGGUUUCGGUCAGUGGCAACCAAGAAAAAGCAUCAAAUCA